GAGAGCGCCGGGAGAUAUAAAGUGGACUUAGAUGUAGUGAACCGGGUGCUCAACGAUACGUUUUUCAAGGAUCGGGGAAGUUCAAGCUCUACGAGCGCAGACUAGGAAGAUGGGUCUUGUAUUCAACGUUUUUGCUGCAUCUUUCAUAGCCAUUGGGUCAUUUCUCUUUGGCUAUGACAGCGGAAUCAUUGCCUCGGUCAUCACGAUGAGCCAUUUCAAGAAUUUCUUCCACAACCCGGCUAGUCCGAUGAUUGGCGCAGUUGUAUCUACUUUCACUGGUGGAUGCUUCUUUGGUGCUGCAGCUUCGGGUUGGUGGAACGAUCGGUUCGGGAGGAAACGGACGAUUCAGAUAGGUUGUAUUUGGGCUCUUUGGGGAUGCGCGAUGCAGGGUGGUGCAAAUAAUGUCGCGACGCUGCUUAUUGGACGUAUUGUUGCAGGUGUCGCUAUUGGUUGCUUGUCGAUGACAGUUCCACUUUACAAUACCGAAAUAGCGCCUCCGAAAAUUCGUGGAUUCAUUGUUGGUCUUGCACAACAGAUGAUUGGCAUUGGAUUCGUUGUUGCUAAUUGGGUUGGAUAUGGUUCUCAGUUUAUCGACUCAAAUACCUCUUGGAGGCUGCCGUUAUCUUUGCAGCUCAUCCCGGCCUUCCUACUCCUCGUCGGAGUGAACUUCUUGCCAUACAGCCCUCGCUGGCUUCUUGAGAAGAAUCGUGAUGACGAAGCACGUCUCGUCGUCUACAGGCUCUACGGUGUUAAUAACGAAGAAGAGAAAGCAAGGGCGGAUGAAGAGUUUGCCGUCAUGCACGAUGCGAUUAAGGCAGAGAUGAUGGUGCGCAGUCGGAAUAUACGGGAUUUGUGGGUGACGCCAGCGAUGGUGAAGCGUACACUCGCUGCAUGUGGAGUUCAGAUCUUUGGGCAGUUCACAGGGAUAAACGUCAUCAACUAUUAUGGACCUAUCAUGUAUGAAACGCUUGGACUCAGCCCAGGAAAGACCUUGCUUGUGCAGGGGAUCUACGGAGCUGUUGGGCCUAUAACGAACUUCUUCUUCAUUACUUUAUUCCUCGACCGAAUUGGUCGUAAAAGGCCACUCCUCUUCGGUGCAGCGACUUUCGUCUGUACAUUCUCUAUUCUCGCUGCGAUCGUAUCUUCCUUCCCACCAGGGGCGACACAAAACCUCGCUGCCCAACGUGCAGGCAUCGCAAUGAUCUUCCUCACCUCCAUCGUCUUCUCCCUCUCCUUCGGUCCAAUUAGCUGGGUCCUCGCGUCAGAAGUUUUCCCGACUCGUACACGCGCACUUGGUACCGCUGUGGCGACGUGCUGUAAUUGGGCAUUCAACGUAUUAUUCUCGGAGGUCUCCCCUAUUGGACUUGCGCAUUCGUCGUCGAAGUUCUAUAUCCUUUUCGUGUGCUUGAAUGCGUUUAGCUUUGUUGUUAUUUUUGCGUUUUUCCCGGAGACGAAAGGGAAAUCUUUGGAAGACAUGGCAGAGGUAUUUGGAGACCAAGUCGAUCCCGAAGAAGUGCUUGCGAAACAUGGAGCUACAACACUUGCCCAUCGCUACGAAGUCGAAAGUCACCAUGAAAAGGCAGAUUAUGCAUAGAAUUUCUGUAUGUUUUCCAUUCAAGUCCCUGUUGUUCGUAUAACAAGACUUGCACUGGCCUCUCGUC